UCAAAAAAAUCAGCAAGAAUCGCUCGCUAUAUUCGCAUACUCCUAGUGUUUAUAUUCCUCGUCCCCAAUUUUUGGCCUUUAAAACAUCCCUGUUUGCAUUAUUGCAGUCCAUAAACCAUAUCGUUUUCGUGGUUCGUUUUCUCUUCCGCCGGUAUUCAAACAGUAUUUGGCUUUCCAAUCUGGAGCCGUUGAAGUUCACGUACUCUACACAAGCUCUAUUAGCCACAUUCCUCGGUAUGUGUAACGUGCUUCUGCUUGUGCCCUCUAAAAAUUGUGUCUUGCCUAAAACCCACAAAUUCUUUUACGAUGAAUAUCUUUCGGAACUAGCAGGCAGAUGUCUGGUUGAAGUUGUGCAGCGUCGAGGUUAUGAUAGAAGAGUCUACGGUUAGUUGUAAAAUGCACGAACUGGUGCGGGAUUUGACCAUCAUGAUUGCCAAAGAUGAGUCAUUUGGCAGCUUUGAAAGAGGCAGACAGAAAUGGACACCAGAAUGUUGAUGGUUUGGAAAUGCGAUUGAAGCAGUCCAAGGCCAAGGGCUAUGUUACUAAUGUCAAGCAGUGGAGUUCCCCUCGAUAAAAGCAUGGAACCUUUCCACCCCACAGUUUUGGAUUUGUCGCACAGUAAGCUGCAAAGUUUCGACAUAGAAACUUUGGAACCUCUAGAUUUUGGUCUUAAGCGGAUGCAACAGUCUUGUAAAUGUACAUCAAUCAAUCAUUAAAUUGAAGAUGCUGAUGCUAUUGGAUCUAGGAUCUUGUGGUCUCGGGUAUCUACCUCGAGGAAUAGGGAAGCUGUCGCGUCUACAAGAACUAUCUGGAUUCUAGGUGGUGAGUAGGACUCACAAGACAAGCUGUCAGCAACUGGCUGAGCUACGUGGGCUGAGAAUGAAUUUAAGUAAUGAAAAUGCCUUCAUUGAGCUAUUUGGAGGUUGGAAUUGGGGUUCAAUUCCUUUUUAAUCCAGAGCUGUUGAAGCUUAUAUACCCUUGGACAGGUCAUAUCUGCUGCAUUCUGGGGUAAAACUAAAAAGGAGAUGUUGGCAAUGGAUCCCUUAGUUGGAAAACUGGUAGAGAUGCUAGUUCAAGAUCUCAUUACUGAAAGUAAACAUGUGUUUCAAUAUCGUAGUCAGCUUGAGAAAUUGGAGGCAGGGCUUCGGAAUGUGAAGGCCUGCUUAGCAGACACGCAGAACCUCAAAAGUAAUCUGGAGACGCAGAAAGUGACUUUAAUGGUUCUGAGAGAACUGAUUUAUGAAGCUGAUGAUGUGCUCAUAGAUGUUAUAAUCAAAGAUGAGUAUCAAAAAGCAGACUCUUGCUCUGUCUUCUCACCUUUUGACAUAACCUUCAGAUACGAAAUAGGAAAGAGGUUGAAAGAUCUUAAUUCAAAAAUGGAAAUGACAAGCAAAGAUUUGACAAGUUUUCUGAGGCCCCAAGAGCCAAGCACUACUGUGCAGCAAGUUGCACGAUAUUCGUCACAGGAUUUUGAUUCUUCUGAGAUAAUUGGACUGGAAAAUGAUGUCAAGACAAUAAAAGAGUGGAUUCUUUGGCCAGAUGAGGAAAUUCUCAAAGUUGGAAUUGUGGGGAUGGGGGGUUUGGGAAAAACCACGAUUGCCCAGAAAGUUAUGAAUGAUAGAGAAGUACGUGGAUACUUUGAGAAAAUGAUUUGGGUGUCAGUCUCUCAAAAUUUCGAUGAAGAAAGGAUCAUGAGGAGCAUGUUGGAACAAUUACAAUUAGGACAAGAAGGCUUGGGGUCUGACAAAGGUCAAAUGUUGCGAAGGAUUCACCAAUUACUUGAAGGGAAAUCCUUUCUGAUUGUUAUGGAUGAUGUCUGGAAUAUAAACUUUGAAUGGUGGAGAAGGCUAUCUUCCAAUCUACCAACUGCAACUGAGAAAAGUAGUUGCUUCAUAGUUACCACUAGAAACGAAGAUGUGGCAUUUGGGGUUGACAGCUAUCGGAUCCAUCGUCCGAAAGUUCUAAAUCCAGAAGAAAGUUGGUCUCUGUUCUCCAAGUUUGCAUUUUCAGUAAGAAAAGGAAUAUGCCCUAAUUCCCAUUUUGAAAAAGUAGGCAAAGAAAUUGUGGAGAAAUGCAGGGGACUUCCGCUGGCAAUCAAGACCAUUGGAGCGUCACUCGCACCAAAAAUUCAUUCUCUUACAGAGUGGAAGAAAACUCGUGAUGAUUUUCAUGAAUUGACUACCAGAGGUCAAACAAGCUCAGUGCUGGCUUCUUUGCAACUGAGCUAUGACGAACUCCCUAGUCUUCUAAAGACAUUGCUCUUGUGUUUCUCCAUAUAUCCUGAAGACUCGGUGAUCCAUUCUGAACAGUUAAUUCAUUGGUGGAUUGGAGAGGGCCUUAUCCGAAGCACAAACUCAAGAACAGCUACCGAAUUGGGCUUUGAAUAUCUGUCUGAACUAGCAGGCAGAUGCCUAGUUGAAGUUGUGCAGCAGCGAGGCUAUGACCGAAGAGUCUAUAGUUGCAAAAUGCAUGAUUUGGUGCGGGAUUUGACCAUCAUGAUUGCUCAAAAUGAGUCAUUUUGUGGCUUUGAAAGAGGCAGACAAAAAUGGACGCCAGAUUCACUUUGGUUUGGAAUCAUUAACGAGGCAGAUGCAAAUUCCUUGAAAAGCAGUUUGAAGCUCAGAGCAUUGUUACUGAUGUCAAGAAGUGAAGUUCCACUCCAAAAGUAUAUGAAGCCUCUCCUUGUGCUUAGAGUUUUGGAUCUUUCUCACAGUAAGCUUGAAAAUGUCAAUAUGGAGGAACUCCUGUGCUGGAUUUGUUCUCUUAAACGCCUCGCAGUUCUGAAUCUAAGUGGCGCAGCAGGCCUUAAAGUACUACCACGUUCAAUCAGAAAACUUCGGAACCUCCGGAUUUUGGUCUUAAGUGGAUGCAACAAUCUUGUCAAGCUACACCAAUCAAUCAUUAUGUUGAAGAUGCUAAUGAUCUUGGACCUUGGAUUUUGCGGUCUUCAGUAUCUACCUUGUGGACUGGCUCAGCUAUCGCAUAUGCAGGAACUAUCAGGUUUCAAGGUGGUGGGUAAGGCUAACAAGAGAAGCUGUCAGGUCCUUGAGCUUCAGCAAUUGACUGAGCUACAAGUCCUGCGAUUGAAUUUAAGUGAUGAAAGUGAACUCUCAGAAGAAGAGGGCACGAUUUUCUUGAAGCUUGAGAAACUUAAGGUUCUUGCUAUUGAUAUGGAAGAUGUUAAAGUAAAAAAUGUCUUACCAAUGCUGGAUCAACUUACCCCUCCUGCAGGCCUUCAGGAGCUGUAUCUUAGACAUUACCCUCAUAAAACUCUGCCGAAAUGGGUUCAACCAGGAAAGCUCCCGAAUUUGCAGUAUCUUUGCAUUGAGAAUGGUGACCUUGACAACAUCCAUCUGAGUCUCAACUCUGAGUCUGUGUGGACUGUUGAAGGUCUGUGUUUGAAGUUCUUGCCAAACCUGGAGCUAGACUGGAAAGACUUGAUGCAGAAAAUGCCUUUAUUAAGUUAUUUGGAGGUAAGCCAUUGCUUCAAUUUGAAAAAUUUUCCAUGCCCUGUCAACAAGCCAGGGGUCUGGAGAAAGCACCGGGGUUAGGAAAUCGGUGAUUGAAAUAAGGAGGGGGGCAUCACCAUCUCUGUGAUGUCCUCUGGAAAUUGUGCUCUGUGUAAUAUAUUUGUUGAGUAUUCAUAUUUUACUGAUACUAUACUUGGUGUGUAAGGACUUAAAGGUUGCUUGAUUUGUAUCAUAAUAUGAUAACAUUGAUGUUGUUUUA